ACACCACCUUGGCGUGGCCUGACAGGCGGUGCCAUAUCCGCACCCAGGAUCUGAACCGAUGAAACCCUGGGCCGCCAAAGUGGAGUGCAAGAACUUAACCACUCAGCCACAGGGCCGGCCCCCGCUGUUUCUCUUUUUGACAGCCAUGCCUCUGUGGCCUUUGAAUACUGCUGUUUCUCAGAGCCUCCUCUUCCCGUCCCUGGUCACUUUAUGCACUGCUGUGCUCGUCCAUUUAUGCUGACAGCUUGAAAUCUCCAUUUCUUACUCCUAUAUCUCUCCAAACUCCAGAACUAUUCUUCUACCCACCAUCAGGACAUGGCCAUCCACAUUUCCUACUGGUAUCUCAACCUUAACAUCUGCAAAACCAAAGUUAUUCUUUUCCCCCCAGCUCUGCUGCUUAUAAGCUGUGUCACCAGGGCGCGAUAUAGGAACAUGUUUGAGAUCCAGUUCCUGUACUUGUACGUGGGAAUGAGCCCCUGUGGCCUGGCACUCCUGCUGCCCCCUGCCACUCUGGCCACCCUGGUGGAUGGCUGGCUCCGAGAAGACUGCCCAAGCUUCAAUCAUGCAGGCUUGGUCACGGGGGCAGCCCCCUCGCAGGCAGCAUUGUGGGCCAAGUCCCCAGGGAUACUGGCUGGGAGGCCUUUCUUUGAUGCCAUCUUUGCCCACGUCAACUGCCAGGUCUCUUGGCUCUUCCCCGAGGGAUCAAAGCUGGUGCCUGUGGCCAAGGUGGCAGAGGUCCGAGGCCCUGCCAACUGCCUGCUGCUGGGCGAGCGGGUGGCCCUGAACAUGCUGGCCCGCUGCAGUGGAGUUGCCAGUGCUGCCGCUGCGGCUGUGGAAGCUGCCAGGGGAACCGGCUGGGCCGGGCACGUGGCGGGCACGAGGAAGACCACACCAGGCUUCCGGCUGGUGGAGAAGUAUGGGCUCCUAGUGGGCGGGGCCGCCUCCCACCGUUAUGACCUGGGAGGGCUGGUGAUGGUGAAGGACAACCACGUCAUGGCAGCUGGUGGUGUGGAAAAGGCGGUGCGAGGGGCCCGGCAGGCAGCCGACUUUGCCCUGAAGGUGGAAGUGGAGUGCAGCAGCCUGCAGGAGGCUGUGGAGGCGGCCGAAGCAGGUGCGGACCUCGUCUUGCUGGACAACUUCAGGCCUGAGGAGCUGCACCGCACGGCGGCAGCACUGAAGGCCCGGUUCCCAGGUGUGGGCGUGGAGGCCAGCGGGGGCAUCACGCUGGGCAACCUUCCUCAGUUCUGUGGGCCCCACAUCGAUGUCAUCUCUUUGGGGAUGCUGACCCAGGCUGCCCCGGCCCUCGAUUUCUCCCUCAAGCUGUUUGCUGAAGGGGCCACUCCAGUGCCCUACACCCGCCGGACCUAAAGCCAAAGAAGAUGACACUGCCAGUGGGAUAACAUAGUUCCUUGGGACCCUCAAGGUUAUACGUGGCCAACAGGACAUUCUCGACAUUAACCUGGGCGAAAGUCCAGGCUCUGCCACUCGCUGCUCAUGUGACCUCAAAGGGCUGGCUUCAUCUCUGCUCAUCUCAGUUUCCUAAUCUGUAAAAUGAGCCUAAUAAAUGAUCGACCUAAUGAA